AUGACGAUUGGAGAUCAUAGAAAGAACGAUAUUGGCCUUGGAGAUCAGUUUCCUAUUGGAAUGCGUGUUCUUGUAGUUGAAGCUGAUUUAACAUGUCUCAAGAAUUUAGAGGAACUUCUCAAAAAGUGUCAAUAUCAUGUAACCACUGCUCAAAAUGGAAUAACAGCGCUGAACUUGUUGAGAGAAAACAAAAAUAAUUUCGAUCUAUUAAUGACUAAUGCUGAUAUGCCAAACAUGGAUGGAUUCAAGCUGCUUGAGCUUGUUGGAAUGCACCUACCUGUAAUUUUGUUUUCUUCGAAUGAUGAUCCGAAGAUGGUGAUGAGAGGAGUUUUGCAUGGUGCUUGUGAUUAUCUUGUGAACCCUUUUAGAAUGGAAAAACUACAGGUCAUUUGGCAACAUGUAAUCAGAAAGAAUAUGAAUAUCAAAAGAAGUAAUUAUGAUACGAUUAAUUCGGAUAGAAAAAUUGGAGUUGAUUCGACAAUGGUAACAAAUUCAGAUCAAAAUGAAAAGCUAUCAGAAAAAAGGAAAAAUCAUAGAGAAGAUGAUGUUAAUAAGAAUCAGAAUCCCACAACUUUGAAGAAGAAGCCUCGAGUUGUUUGGUCGAAUGACUUACACCGCAAGUUUGUCGAUGUCGUGAAUAAAAUAGGCCUUGAUAAUGCUGUGCCGAAAAAGAUUCUUGAGUUAAUGAAAGAUGAAAAUCUUACAAACAAGAAUGUGGCCAGCCAUCUCCAGAAAUAUAGACUCACUCUAAAAAGAAUUAAAAGUGAGGAAAUCCAACAAGCUAAUAUGGUGGCAGCAAAACGUAGAAGUUCAAAUACAUCCUAUUCAAGAAGAAGUACUCAACUUAGUGAAGUUGGAGAUUAUUUGCAUAAAUUGAAUGACUCUAAAGAGAUUAAUAGGCAUAACAAUCUCAUGAUGGUGGAAUCAAAUCCUCAAGAGAAAAGCUUAGUCGUCUCUCAACCAUCAUUAUUUUCUAUCCCUUCACUUGAAAACAAAAAUAUUUUGUCAAGCACUAUGGAAUUACCUGCAACAAACUCUAACCUUCCAUUAAUAGACUAUACAGUUCCUCUGAAUGUUAUUGAACCUGAAGGAAACUUGGAUUACAAUUAUUGGAAACACGUUCAAAUGAACUCUGAUGAGAUUCCAUAG